ACAGAACAAUAGACAACGACGUUCUUGACGUGCGUCAAUUUUGCUUUGCUUGAUGAAAUUAUUUUGUUACCGUUCUUGAACGAAAAUAUAAAAUUGUAAACACAAACUGGUUCAUCUAAAAACCGCGCGUUUUUCAGUUUGUUUUUGUGUAUCAAUAACAAAUUAAGUUAGAUCCUUCCUUACACAUACAGAUUUAACUUGAAUUAUGACGGAAGAAAUUGAUUCGAGUUUACAAUCCCUUGUUUCAAAUGUAGUGAAUGCAAAACAUUUUAGCCACUGCAGAUUAUGUUUGAAAUAUCUGGAUAAACAUUUCGUACGAUUUCAUGAUUUAGUAACUUUAGAUACGGCUAUAGCAGAUUUUAGACCCCUUUCUGAUAUCAUAACAGACCUUUUUGGUGAACAGAUAUGUGAAGAAAUUCCAGGUAUUGAUGCCAUUUGCCCCGAUUGUGUUGACAAAGCUUUAGAGACGGCAAGAUUUUUAGAAAAAUGCAAAUCUGCCAAUAAUAAACUCUGUUCAAUUCUCCAUAACUUAGAAGAAACUCUGAAUGUGGAUAUCAAUUUAUCUGGCCAGGAACAAUCCUUAUAUAUAGUUGUUGAAGAAAAUGAUUCUAAAAUUAUUUUAGUUGGAAAUGCAACAAAUGAAAAGGUAAAAUCAAAAUCCAAAAAGGUCAAAUGUCAGUUUGAAUGCUUUGCGUGUAAUGAAGAUUUUGAUGAGUUUGAUGAAUUGAAAGCUCACAAUCUCUCAACUCAUGGGUAUUUGACUUGUGAUAUAUGUCAUGAUGUUUACAAUAGUAAUGACGAUCUAUUGUACCAUUUAAACAAUACUCACAAAUAUGAAUGUGAUCAUUGCAAAAUCAGAAGAGAUACUCAAGAACAGCUAGAGGACCAUAUAGAUCUCUGUCAUACACUGUAUGUAUGUAAACAAUGUGGCAUUUCAUGUCAAGGUAGCGAAAAGUUGCAGUUGCAUGAACAAAAACACAACACACACAAGAAAAACCAAUGUCCCAAAUGUGGAAAAGUAUAUUGUACUAAAGAAUUCUUUCAGAGGCAUGUGAAGCUUUGUUUUGAAGAUCGCAUAGAUCCACAUCCAAUGAGAACUGAAAUUGUGAAAACCUUAUUUUGUAAGAUAUGUGGUAAAGGAUAUAGCUCCUAUGGAGGUUUGAGAGUGCAUAAUAGGUUUGCUCAUGGUAAUGCAAAGCCCCAUGUUUGUAAGCUAUGUGGUAAAGAAUUUACUGCCCCUAGUUACUUAAAGACUCAUAUGAUUAAGCAUACUGGAGAGAAGAAUUUUAAAUGUGAAAUUUGUGGGAACAGAUUUGUAUCUAAAGAAGCUUUGUUGUAUCACACUCGAAGGCAUACGGGAGAAAAGCCCUAUUCCUGCAAACAGUGCAAUGAAAAAUUUGUUAAUGCUUCAGCAAGAGCAGAGCACAUCAAAUACAAACAUGUCGGCCCCACAUUGAUGUGUGAGAUUUGUUCACAGAAGUUUGUGACAACAAAUUUCUUAAAGCAACACAUGAACAGACAUCGUGAUCCAACCAGUAAGUUGUAUGUGUCAAAGACUCCUGACAUGCCAGGAGAAGAGAACUACAAAACUAAAAUCAGAAAUAAUCAUAUAAAUACCAGUUAGGGCACAUUUUAUUUUUAAAACUUACCAUUUUGAUAUAAACUAAUCAGUAAAUGAAAUCCAAUAUGUUGAAAUUUAUAAAAAUUAUGUAUUACUAUAUUAUGAUUAUUUAUAAAAAUUACAACAUUAAUGUUAAAUAUGAAUAUACAAAUAUGGCAAGACAAAAAAAAUUAAAGAAAU